AGAUCAUCAUGCUUAUGCAAGCAACACUACAAACAGCACGGAAAGUAUUCAAGAACUGAUAGUAAUCAUAUGCAGGGAUUUAGGUACAAUGAGGAGAGCCACAACUAUGCACCACAACAAUUCCAUUCAGCUCCUACUCAUAUACCACAGCACCAGGAGAUGUGUCCAAUGGAGUUAAAUGGUCCUCCAUUUGGUCAACCAACAACUCCAGCACCUGUUGUGCAAUCUCAUGUGCAAGUGCCCACACAAGAUGAGUUUGAUGACAUAGACAAGCUCACACUUUUGAGUCUCGAGUUCACUUGGAGUGCCGAGGAUGAUCCUAUUAGGAAGGUUAUACUAGAGGAAAUGAAGAAGAUUAAGAGUGGAAAGGAGCUAGUGGAAGAAGUAAGGAAGAUUGAGAAGAACAUCAACGCUGGCAGCACUAUUUCUUCACAACUUGAGUUGAGUGUGGCUGAGAUAUCCAUGGAUACAUGUGAGGUUCCAACACCUUCACAUUUCAUUGAGCAAGAUAGCAAGUGCCUUGAGCAAGAGAUACCUCAGAUUGAAGAAGAUGAACUAGAAGACAAGGAACAAGAUGGUCAAGAGCUGCAAUUCCCAAGUGAUCAAGUUGAAGACUCACCAUCUAGUACUCCUGAAGAAGUACAAGAAGCUGUUGUAGAUGAAGAUGAAGAACCUGAGAUUCAUUGGCCUAUUAUCAUACAUGAGCAUGAUGUGUCAGGUUUACCCAAUCCUCUUGAUGACAUGAGUCCUUAUGAUUUAUUUGCUUCUACCUUGCAUUACAUGAUGCCAUCACUUAAGAUUGAUUUGAAAAAUCAUUUACUUGGAUAUGAUGAUACAUACACUGUUGGUGGCAUUGCUCUCAUUUGUGAUGAUCACAACUACUUUCCUCAUGCUAGUCUUGAGCUUAAUGAUAAAUGUCAUCCUCGUGUGAGUAUUGACCAUGCUGAUUUCUGCCAUCCUAAACAUGUGCUUUAUAGUUAUGCUUAUAUAAUUGGAUAUUCCAUUGAUGACUUGGAGGGCAUCGACCGUAUCACCUGUAGUUGUUUGUGUGAGUCCUAUUUCAGGCUUUUGCUACUGCACUGUUUACUACAUGCUGACCAGGUUCGAGGUGACAUUCCUUGGGAUCCUGGUGGAGUCAGAGCAUGGCGAUGAGGAGAAGCAAUGGGGCACACAUAUGGAAGAGUGAAGCUGGAGCAUCCAUGAGGAAGCAAGGGAGAAGAGCUGCAGCUGGUGAGGUGAUCGAGCGAGUGCUACAUGAUCAAAGCCCGGUGAGAUGUUUCAUGACCCAUUCUGAAUAUCAUAAAUACAUGCUGAAUUCAAUUGCUAGUUGGGUUGCUUGAGCUAGUUAUUACUUGUUGUCAAGCUGAAAUUCACCUUUGGCAUUGUGCUUGAUGUGAAUUUGUGAACUUGAUUUCUGAAUGCCUUGUAAACUAGUGAUCUACACCAUGCAUGAUUUGCUGAAAUUUGUGGAAGUUAUUAGUUUUGAGUGCUCAAAUCCCUAGUACACUAGAAAACUUGAUCAUUUUCUGCUUUUACCUUGAUACACCUAGAUCACCAUGUUUAGAUGCCGAAUUUGUGCUAAGUGUGUUCCCAUUGAGAGCAA